AUGACAGAGUAACCACUAUUCAUAACUGAAAAUAAAAAUAUAUUACCAACUCUUGAAAAAAUACAUCCAGAUUAAGCCAAAAAUAUGUAGGAACUUUGUUAAGAAAUGUAAGGUCUCAUAGGUGAAACUAACAAAAAUGUAAAUUAGAUGUUAAAAUCAUAACAAAACAACAUUUUAAAUGCAUUUAAGUAAGUUUUGGAAACCCUUAAAAAAGAUAUUGAAUAAAUCAAUGAGAAAUUUCAUCAAUACAUUGCAAUGAACGAAUAAGAAUCAUAAGUUGUUAAUGCAUAAAAUAAGAUGGUACUCUUUAGAUAAGAAUGUCAUUCACUAAAUGAAUAAUGUAAACAAUUAAAGUAGAACGUCCAAACACUUAAGAAAACAAAUAUAUUUUUAGAAAAUGAAUUAAUGUUCACAAAAGAAGCAUUAUUCAAGUAAGUCCAGAAAAACGAAAAACUCAAACUAACACUUUAAAAAUUCAAAGAAGAAUUGUAAGAAAAUCAAUAUCUAUUGAACUAUAACGAAAAUUUUAAACUACUAACUAAUGAACCAAAAUUGCUUUAAGACUAUUAAUAGUAGAUAUAAGCAAGUGUAAGAAAAGCUAGAUUCGAUUCUUCUAACAAAAAGCACACUUCAUUUAAUUCAAUAGCUAACUCAGAUAUCAAAUCUAAAUACAUUUUUUCUUAAUAAACGCGAGCAUAAAGCUUAUAAAAGAGUAUAGCAGCCAAAAGAUCUAGUGUAUUUGAAACUAGUAUUUUAGACAAAUCUUUACAAUAAGACCUGAUAUUUGAAUACCCUCGAUUUUAAUAAUAAAAAUAGGAUAAUGAUAAUAAUCAAUGA